ACACGAAUCGUAGCAAAAUGUGCGGACAGAAAUUUGGCGGAGCUAGCGGUCACGUGCGCCAGCUGAACCCUAAGAUGCAGGUGCGACCCAACCCACAAUCGCCCUUGCCCUACUGAGGUGGGAAAAAACUUUCGGAAAAUCUGAGGUCCCGCUCCCACAAGGCCGCCUUCGAGAAAUCCACAACACCAAAGCGAAGGACUUCACCAUCUCUUUCGCCAACCACGACUACUAACCCCAACCCGACCGGUACCGGCAUAUCACAUUCGAGAUGGGUCACUCCUACGGAAAGAGAGCGGGCACCCGCUAUGCCUUCAGCCGGGACUUCCGCAAGAAGGGUAUGAUUGCCCUGAACACCUAUCUCCGACAGUACCGCGUUGGUGAUAUCGUCGACAUCAAGGCGAACGGUGCCGUCCAGAAGGGUAUGCCCUUCAAGGUGUACCACGGCAAGACUGGUGUCAUCUACAACGUCACCAAGUCUGCUGUCGGUGUCAUCAUCUACAAGCAGGUGAAGCACCGAUACAUCGAGAAGCGAAUCAACGUCCGAAUCGAGCACAUCCAGCAAUCCCGAUCUCGUGAGGACUUCCUCAAGCGAGUCAAGGCCAACGCCGAGGCCAAGAAGGAGGCCAAGGCCAACGGUACCGUCGUCCAGGUCAAGCGUCAGCCCGUUGGACCCCGUGAGGCUCACACACUGUCGCUCGCCGACAACCCUCCUCAGACCGUCACUCCUCUUCCCUACGAGACUACGAUCUAAAAGAAAAGAAUUGCGGGGUUGGUGGUGCUGGCUUCUAUUUACCUGGGGUAUUGCGUCCGGAUGGGAAACUCUGCAUGGCAAGGGCUUGCAUUUUGAUGUCCAUAGGCAAUGAGACCAAAAAAAGACAUCGUUUGAAGCAUGCCACUGUCUGUAUUUGAAGAUACCUUUAGUGAAAUAUGCCUGGCCUAUAUAAUGGGCAUGGCGUCUGCUUGACGUAUGAAUGAACUGACGUUUCUCCCUCA